AGAAGAAAAAAUCCCUAAAUUUAACCAAAAUGCCAAAAUAUACAUACUACUAUUUUAAUAUCCGGGGCCGAGGUGAACUUCCCAGACUGAUUUUCGCCGCCGCUGGAGUCCAAUACGAAAAUAAACGAUUAGAAUUCGCUGAUUGGCCAAAACUUAAAGAAGAGGCACCAUUAGGAUCGCUACCAAUUCUAGAUAUCGACGGAAAGAAAUACCCAGAGAGUAUCCCAAUAUCCCGAUAUCUUGCUAGAGAAUUUGGUUUAGAUGGUAAAAAUAACAUUGAGAAACUUCAGACUGAUGUUAUAGUUGAAGAAUGUAUUCAGAUUCGAGAAGAUCAAUUCAACGCUCAUUUUGAAAAGGAUGAAACUAUCAAGGCAGAAAAACAGAAGAAACUGACGGAAACGACUCUUCCAAAAAUUCUGGGUUUUAUUGAGAAAGCUUUAAGUGAAAAUGCUCGUGGUAAUGGUUUUGUUGUGGGCAACCAGGUAGGUUACUGA